UUAGACUGGCGAGUGUGGAGGCCAAUCGGGUCUUCCAAAGGUGCCUACCGAGCGACUCGUGGGCCUCGGAAUGUCGGAGGCGGGUUUUUCCCGCCUGAGUUGCGACUCUUUGAGCCUAUGAGCCCUGAGCGCGCGAUAGGCCGGCCUUCUCCAACAGGCAGAGUCUGGAGUCCAAUGGAGAGCGCGGGAGUCUGCAGGUUUAAUCCAUGGACCAACCCUGCAGCCGGAACCUGGUGGCCUUAGUCCUUCAGGUGAAUCAACGUGCGACAUGGGAAAGAAAACCAAGAGGACAGCUGACAGUUCUUCCUCAGAGGAUGAGGAGGAAUACGUCGUGGAGAAGGUGUUAGACAGGCGCAUGGUUAAGGGGCAAGUGGAGUACCUGUUGAAGUGGAAAGGCUUUUCUGAGGAGCACAAUACUUGGGAACCUGAAAAGAAUUUGGAUUGUCCUGAACUGAUUUCUGAGUUUAUGAAAAAGUAUAAGAAGAUGAAGGAGGGUGAAAACAACAAGCCCAGAGAGAAGUCAGAAGGAAACAAGAGGAAAUCCAGUUUCUCUAACAGUGCUGAUGAUAUAAAAUCUAAAAGAAAGAGAGAGCAGAGCAAUGAUAUCGCUCGGGGCUUUGAGAGAGGACUGGAACCAGAAAAGAUCAUUGGGGCAACAGACUCCUGUGGUGACUUAAUGUUCUUAAUGAAAUGGAAAGACACAGAUGAAGCUGACCUGGUUCUUGCAAAAGAAGCUAAUGUGAAGUGUCCACAAAUUGUGAUAGCGUUUUAUGAAGAGAGACUGACGUGGCAUGCGUAUCCAGAAGAUGCAGACAACAAAGAGAAAGAAAGCUCGAAGAGCUAAAGGAGGGUGGUCUCUGCCAUUUCUCUUUGUAUAUACCACAUUCACCUUCCUGCCUCCUCUCCCUUCUCCUUCCCUUUCCAUCCUAAACACAACCAUAAAAGUAUGUGCUCACCACUGUGCUUCAUGGAGAGGUGUUGGUAUUGGUUCUCUUGUAAUAUAGCUGAUGGUUGGACCCAUAAGUGUAACUGUGAAAACCAAGCAUUUACAUGCUGUAAUUCCCAGUUUUUUCUUUACCCUCAUCUUUUCCUUCUGUUCACCUGUUAUUUUUUAAUCACCUUAGAGUCACGAAUUUUUGAGGCCAGUUGCUUUUUAGGCUGGGGGAUUUUGUUACAAUGGUGAUUACUUCAGUUUCUUGAUUGUUAUUAGAAUAUAUUGAUGACCAGCUGGCCUUUGUUUUCAUGUACUGGGGUGGAAAGGAUGUUUUCCUUCUUUUAGAAAGCCAGUAGCAGUGGCCUACUUGUAUCUUUUCCAGUUUCAUUUAGCUCUGCCAGGACAAUAAUAGGGUUCUUGGUGUGGUCUUCUGGGCUGCCCCUGUCCAUCCUCACUUACCCUCUUGUAACAACUCUGUCUUUCUGAGAACUUGAAACUUUACAUUUAAGUCUGUCAAGGCACUCUCUUUAGCCCUCAAACGUUUUUGGCCUUGUUAUUGUUCCUGAUUCUGCUCCUUUUCGGUGGCAUCGGUUUGUCAUCAAGUGACAAGAUGACUGUGGGGUUUGUAAGCUGUAGUGCAGGAAGAUAAUGGCUGGGGCUAGAGAGUUGUCUUCGGUUUGUAUGUAUGCUUUCCUUUCAUCCCUCAUAUUCAGACUGUAUUUAUGUAGGUGUGAGUGAUUGCCUGGUGCUUGCUUGUGCCAAGGUGCUGGGCACCCUGUAACCCUGCCAACUUCUGUGGCCUCCCAAAGCUUUGUUACCAAAGCGGCGUCAGCAAAUUCACCUCUCAGUGGACUCACAUUCCCUUCCGUGCCAUUAUUUUCGGUUGGGAAUUCAUAGAGAGAAGCUACUAGCCGUAGUAUCAGUUUUUAAAUGCUCACAGUAGUACUCAUCUGUAAUUUUACCGUCUCAUGACAAAGUAUUAAUGUUCCUCGCCUUCUCUGCUCUCAGGCUUUUAGUUGUAUCUUAUUUAAAACUGUGUUUUCAUAGAAGACUAUCAUCUCAGAAAGUGUCAGGUCUUAAUACUAGCUUUUUGACACAACCUUCUCACAAAACAAACUUUCCUUUUUGGUUUACUCUUGCUUUGCUAUUCUCUUGAGAAAAAUUUCUGGCUCUAAUUUGCUUUUCUGUCCUUUAAGAAAUGUUCUCCUCUUCGUUCUUGUGGUAGUUGAGGAGGCUGGAGAAUCAGGACUGGAAGGAAGGAAGGAUUUGGAGCUCAGUACUUUUGUCCUAGCUCCAAGCUGAGGAAAAAAAGAGUAAGUGCUGACUCCGUCAGCCACUGAGACUGCUCCUGUUGUUGUUGCUUCUGGUUCUUAAAACACAGCUGUCUGGGCUGGAGCGUCAGCCAUUCCUGGGUUAUUUGUAGUGGUGAGAGAAGUGGAUGGAGAGCUCCAGGCCACAGAUGAGCCAAGUGAUAAGCAAAUCGUAGACUCAUUCAUAGCUUUUUGUUAACUUUGCUUUCCUGCCUAGCUGCUGAUUGGAUUCUGUGCUUGUAUAAAUGAUAUCAACAGUUACACUGCGCAGUUGAGAAGGCACUGCUGCAGUGAAGUGGCAGACAGGACAGUGAGGCUUUGCUGUCAGUCAGCCAGGAGGACCCUGUGAAUGGGGAUGUGGUGGGGAAGGGCCUGACCCAAACCUUGGUUUCUCCCUACAGUCCAUGUUCUCUGAAGGAGUUAGAGGCUAGAUCAAGUGCUGCAUCAGUGACUUUGUUGUUGAGAAAGGGAGUGGUGGUUAGAAAGCAGGUUUGUCAUGCAGGCAACCUAGGAUGCCUGGGGUGGAUGAAAAUGGGACAGAGGUGAUCUGCGUCUCUUGAUUGAAAAAAAGGACAGCCUGUCUGGGUAGUCAGUAGGUAGUAGACUUGUAAAUUGGAGAGGCCAAAUUUUUUUAAAGCAAAGUCUUAGCCUGUGGGCCAAACAAUGGUGAUAGUUGGUACUAAGGCUGUUCCUAAGAAGCCAGGCCUGGUGGCUUAAGCACAGCCCCAGACCGAUACAGGGGUGUUGUAUGUUCAAGGCCUGCUAGGAGCCUUUGAUGAGACCCUGUCUCAAAAUAAAAAGUAAAGAACCAAGGCUAUAGUUGAGAGUUCAAUCCCUUGUAAUUCAAAAAAGUCAAGAGAAGGCCCUGAGAAACCUAGGGUGCAAUAAUUGCUGAGACAACAGAUGGUGUUUAGCAGAACCAAGCACUGUUGAUACACUUUACCCUGCCUUUUCUGUCCUCAGUUCAUGGUUUUCUGCUAAAUAUUACCAAAAUAUUCUUGUUUUCUUCUUAGUACUUUUGCUGGUUAUAUCUAGAAAUAAAGAACUGUAUUGUCUUCA